UUCUCUUCAUAAACACAACUCCAAUCCCAAGGCAGAAGGCACCUGGUAGAGAGACUGUGCGUGGAGGAGGAGCACUCGUUGAGGAUGGCCAUGGCCACUGGAGGUGUGCCGGAUCUCCGUCUGAUCGUAUUCUUGGUCUUCCUCCUUAGUACAUCACACGGUGCGAAGGCGGUGCAGUUCACCUUCCGCAACAACUGCCCGGAGACCGUCUGGCCGGCGACGCUGACAUCCAGCGGCCCCGCGUUCCCGACCACCGGCUUCGCCCUGGCGCCGGGCGCCUCCGUCUCCUUCCCCGGCGUGGGCGCCACGUGGUCGGGCCGGGUGUGGGGCCGCCACCGCUGCACCACCACCACCGGCGCGCGCUUCUCCUGCGAGUCCGGCGACUGCGGGACGGGGCAGGUCGCGUGCGGCGGCGCCGGCGGCGCCCCGCCGGCCACGCUGGCCGAGUUCACCCUCGGCGGCGGCGCGAACAAGGACUUCUACGACGUGAGCAACGUCGACGGCUUCAACCUGCCCGUGGACAUCGAGCCCGCCGCGGCCGGCGAUGGGCGCUGCCAGCGGACUUCGUGCCCGGCGGACAUCAACCAGGUGUGCCCGGGCGAGCUGGCGGUGAGAGCGGCAGCGUCGUCGGCGAGGAACGGUGGCGAUGCGGCGGUGGUGGGCUGCAAGAGCGCGUGUCUGGCGUUCGGCACCGACGAGUACUGCUGCCGCGGGCGGUUCGCGUCGCCGGCGACGUGCAAGCCGAGCGGGUACUCGAGGCUGUUCAAGGCGCAGUGCCCGCAGGCCUACAGCUACGCGUACGACGACAGGAGCAGCACCUUCACCUGCAAUGGUAGCGUCGACUAUCACGUCACCUUCUGCCCUGGCUCCGGCGCGACGAGGAGCCACGCCGUGCUGUCGCCCGACGGGAACAACUAGCUGUCUAGCUUAUAGCUUGGAAACGGAGGGGUCACGUAUUCAUGUCGAAUUGUCUGCUAGGUACAGAUACACAUGUGAGCAAGCUGAAAAGCUGUACAUUUCAGUUCAUUUUGUGUAAGGCAUUGGAAAAGAGAUGCAUGUUCAUUUUUUAUGAAAAUGACUAUAUUUAUUUACCUGUUGUUUGAUUUUCGAGAAAGAAAUAUGUGGAAUUUUUUAUUUUAA